AACAGAGAAAACCCAAAAGCUCUUUUACUCACUUUGAUGGAUAUCAAUCAAACAUUAAAGCUCCCAAUUCACACUUGGAAUCUUGAAAUGUCCAUGGAAGAUCAUAUCGUCCAUGCCCAAGUUCCUUUUCAUCCAAUUUGGCCAAGCUGCCCUCUUCAAGCGCCAUGCUCAACUACAUCCACCCAAACACCUAGUGCAACAACUGUUUACAGUACUCAUCAUGACCAAAUAGGCGGCCUUGUUGAAGAGGAAGAUGAGCCAGAAGAGGAGUUAAGCGCCAUGAAAGAAAUGUUGUACAAGAUUGCUGCGAUGCAGCCCGUAGACAUAGAUCCAUCCACUAUACAAAAGCCCAAGAGACGCAACGUGAGAAUCAGUGACGAUCCCCAGAGCGUGGCAGCGCGUCACAGACGGGAGAGGAUAAGCGAAAAGAUCAGAAUUCUACAAAGACUUGUCCCAGGAGGCACGAAAAUGGACACAGCUUCAAUGCUAGAUGAAGCUAUCCGCUAUGUCAAGUUCUUGAAGAGGCAGAUACGGGUGCUGCAACAAUCCAAUAACCAGCAGCCACCGUGCCAUGCAGACUGGCAAGUUACACCUCUCGCUUCCACCUCCUCAACCUCCCUGGAGACACAGACAGGCCCUGGAUUCACUUUUGCUGCCAUCGGGGGAAACCCCUUGUGCUUUAAUCAUGAGGUAAUUAGUGAUUAA